AUGAAGAGGGAGGCGGAGGUGGCCAUUUUGUCUAAGGGCAACACGUCCCUUCGCGAGAAUGCCCCGGCAAAACCCGCGAGACUCCCAGAGCCCCGAGGCCGCGGGGACCGGCGUGCGGGCGGCAUGGGGAAGAUCGGGCUGCAGCUGAAGGCGACGCUGGAGAACAUCACCGGGCUGCGGCCCGUGGGCGAGGACUUCCGCUGGUACCUCAAGCUGAAAUGCGGGAACUGUGGUGAGGUUUCCGAAAAAUGGCAGUACCUGCGAUUAAUGGACAGUGCUCCUCUUAAGGGAGGCAGAGGAAGUGCCACAAUGGUGCAGAAAUGUAAGCUGUGCUCUCGAGAGAACUCUAUUGAUAUCUUAAGUCACACAAUCAAGCCUUACAAUGCUGAGGACAGUGAGAAGUUUAAAACAAUAGUGGAGUUUGAGUGCCGAGGUCUUGAACCAGUUGACUUUCAACCACAGGCUGGGUUUGCUGCUGAAGGUGCAGAGUCUGGCACGUCUUUCAGUGAAAUAAACUUACUGGAAAAGGAUUGGAAUGACUAUGAUGAAAAAUCAAAGGAAUCUGUUGGAAUUUAUGAAGUUACCCAUAAGUUUGUAAAAUGCUGAAACUAUUUCUAAUAAACCCUGGCAUGCUGGCCAAAGAUAGAGCUGCAACCAUUGGAGAAACAGUUCCCCUGGCAUCACUUUCCACACGGCUACAACCCAAGAAUCUAACUGAGCUGUAACUACUCUCCCAACAGUAACUAAUAAAGUCACAUUUUUCACAAA